AUGGAAAAUUUCGAAUACGGCUAUUUCGAUAGGAGUAAUCGUCCACCACCUAUUCAAGUAAAGCAUCUCCAGAGUAAUCGAAUUGUUGCUACAGCUUCGCAAAAGCUUUGUUUGUUUAAAAUAUUUCCAUUCAUUUUUCAUGAUGUUAUCUGUCAGUUGCCAUCGUAUAUCGUUUACAAAGUUCUACGUGAGAUUCUGGAUCUUGUUUUAUCUAACCCAUUCAGAAAAAAGUGGCUUUUCGUGCUUGACGACUUAUGUGCUACGUUUUAUCGAACAAUGCUGGAACAUUUUCCCGAUAGAAUUACACCUAAGGUUCAUUUUAUUCGUGAGUAUGAGCAGAUAGUACAUGAUUACGGCCCCGCAAUCAAGCAAUGGUGUUUUCGAUAUGAAGCAAACCACGCUUACUUUAAGAAGAUCGCUUUGAGGACGAAUAAUUUCAAAAACGUGCCGAAGAUGCUUAUUACUCGAUAUCGUCUCAAACAGUGUUUCAAGGUUGCUCAUCUGUCUCGAUUGAAUACUUUGUCUUAUCCAGUGGGAGUGAAACAAAUUCAAACCACUAGUCUCAAUUCAUACAUGAAAAAACUUUUAUUCGAUCAUUUUGGUCAUGUUGAUAUUGCAGCAAACCUUAAGCAAUGCCAAAGGUUAAUUCAUGAAAAUGUCGAGUAUUCUCGAUCAGCCGUGUAUAUUGUUGACUUAAUCCCACUGAAAGAACAACCAAUAUUUGCUCAAAUUUUGUUCAUUAUGAAGAUGAAAGAAAAGUGGUGGUUGUUGGCGGACAUACUCAAUACUAUAUCGUACGAUGAAGACUUAUUCGCAUGGGAAGUGAAAUCAAUCGAUCAUUAUUCGAUGCUUGACCCGUGUCAAUUGAGAUAUUAUUACAAAGGCUUGGACGUCUACCAAGUGAAUAACUCAAGCUUUGUUUCGUUUACCAAUCGUCUCACGUUAUAUUAA